GCCAGCUCAGCUCCUCUGUCUCCUGUAGCUCCUCUCUCAUGGCGAUCGAUUCCCCCAAAGACCAGAACCCUAAACCUAGCCCCCAAGAACAAGAAGAAGAAGAUUCGGACGACGACUUCGAAGACGACGAUGAUGUGGACGACGAAGACGACGAUGUCGAACUCGAAACCCCGUCGUCCCAUCGCGAGAAGAUACAAACCGUAUUCCGCCGCCUUAGAAGCGGUCCAGUGCGAAUCCGGGUACACGACGUGAUCGUCAAGGGCAACCGGAGGACGAACGGGUCACUGAUCGAGGCCCAGGUUGUCGAGGGGUUGAGGUCGGCGACGACGAUGCAGGAGCUGCUGACGGCCGCCGGAGGCGCCAAUGUCAGGUUGAAGAGGCUGGAUGUAUUCGAUUCAGUGUCGAUCACCCUCGAUGCUGGGCCACCGGAGAUCUCGGGGACUGCGAAUGUGGUGAUCGAGGUCUUGGAGCCGGAAAAUCCGUUGACUGGGGAUUUAGGGAUCUUCACGAAGCCAGAGGCCAAAACUUGCUCUCUUGAAGGAUCAGUCAAGUUGAAAAAUCUUUUUGGUUAUGCUGACAUUUGGGAACUUUCUGGGUCAUAUGGCUCAGAUCAGACAACUGAACUAAGCACUGGGGUUUCCUUACCUAGACUCAAGGGAUUACCGACUCCUUUAUCAGCCCGAGCUUCAUUACUUUCUCAAGACUGGUUGAAAUUGUCAUCAUACAAAGAAUGCCUCUUAGGCGUUUCUCUUGGUUUGGUCUCAAUUAGAAACCAUGAUUUAGCAUACAACCUUAGGUGGCGACAUUUAACCAAUCCAUCACACAUGGCAUCCAAAUCUAUAAGGAGGCAAUUAGGACAUAGCCUUCUCUCCUCAAUAAAAUAUACAUACAAGCUUGAUCGCAGAGAUUCACAUAUGAGGCCAACUAAGGGAUAUGCCCUCCUUUCUACAACUCAAGUCAGUGGCCUUGGACCAGAUAGCAAAGCAUUGCGGUUCAUGCGACAGGAAUUUGAUCUCCGCGCUGCUCUGCCCUUGGGCUUCUUGAACACUGCACUCAAUUUCGGAGUUGCUGCAGGUGCUAUUAUACCAUGGGGAAGUGGAUUCCUUAAACUACCUUCUCCACUUCUUGACCGGUUCCACAUUGGUGGAAAUACUUCUCCAAUUUGCCCCUUGGGAGGUCCAACCUCCUUAUUAGGGUUCAAGACGAGGGGAUUAGGACCAACUGACCUAAAAAGAUUAGUCCUGAUAAAAUCGGAUGAUCCCAGUUCUCAGUCUUCUUCUGAGCGAGAUGUUCUGGGGGGUGAUUUUGCAGUUACAGCAUUUGCUGACCUCACGUUUGAUUUACCACCCGAGAUUCUUAAAAGAGCUGGAAUUCAUGGCCAUGUUUUUGCAACUUGUGGUAAUCUAGCUAAAAUAACAGAGGACAAGGUGAAGGAUUUUUCAGUUCAGAAACUUUGGAGCACAGCCCGGAGCUCUGUAGGGUGUGGUGUGAUUAUACUAACGAAAUUGUUCAGGAUGGAGAUAAAUUAUUGCCACGUCCUGAAACAAGCUGAAUACGACCGAGCGAAGACAGGUGUGCAGUUAAACUUCUCACGUUCUUCAUAGCAGAAUAGAUUCGUUUGCACAGCUUCAGUUCCCUCAUGUUACUUGAGAAACUUAGUGUUGAUACCUAAGCGCAAUAAUAUCCGUGUUCCUUGUUGUAAUACUCAUUGUGUAUUGAAAAUUUUGUUUUCAUUUGUGUAACCACAAAAAAAAAGAAAUAGAAAUUAGUUUCACCUUUACAUGUUUCA